AUGUCACGAAAUUUGUCCUCCGGCCAGGUCGAGGCAAAAUUGGCCAACAUGUUAACCGUUGAACCGAAAAAUUUUGAGAAAGAUAAUUGCAUGGCUGGGCUUGAUGGUUGUCGACCCGUUUAUGAUGGCCGCAAAAAUAUUUUCGCUCUAAAAAUUCUUCCAUUCGGCGAAACAGCGACUUUCGAUGCAUCUUCCGUCAAUGCAAUACGUAACGUAACUGUCGGACGCUCUUUUUCAUUUCGAAUGAUUCAAUAUCGCUUUUUGGUGGUGCUGAAGUUUGGCAAGGAUUCUAACAAUCGCGCUACCGCAUACUACGAAGCUGGACCACUCAUCCAGAUGGCAAUAAAACUACUCGGUAAAGAAACCAGGACGAUCGUCGUCGCGGCCUCGAACGAAAAAGAAUUGAUCAAAGUUGAGAAAGCAAUCAAAAACUUGAAAUCCUUCCCAAUUCAAUUCAUUCAAGCGUUCAUCCGGGAACUAGCAAUCACCUGUCGAGAAGCGGACUUGCAAAUUCCUAAUCGUUCUCCACCAAUAAUGCGUGCAACUCCACAAGGCGACAUUGAAAGUGUUCUGAAACAAGCGUGGCUUCGUGCAGGAAAUGCUUGCUCAACCGCAAUUAAUUGUUUGCAUAUUACCCACCACUAG